AUGUUCAUCCAGUCCCUCAAGCGCCCUCGCGACGAGGACCUGGAGUUGCUCGGCGCAAAUGAGUCUAGGAGGCUCCGCCCAUGGCACUCCAUCCCCGAAGCGCGUUCCGAAUACACAGCCGAUCACGACCAGUCGCUGCGCUUUCGCUCCUCCAAUUUAACUCCCAUCGACUCCUCGGACGAUGAACGGGAAUUCAGGAAACAAGGUGCACCAGUCCUGGGCGCAGGCCAUCCCGACAAGGCCAAGUCGGCGCAUGGACACCGGCCCCCAAUGCUGCACCUCGGCGCCGAGGGCAACAUGGCAAACAACUUGCGCCCUGUCUUGGCCAGCGGCGACAAUCUAUCACCAUGGCUGCAGCCUGGCAGUGUGCAACCCUCACCAAUUCCACACCAGCUAGUCAACCAGUUCCUGACUAUCAAUGGCGUGCCAACCACUACUCCUACGCACGGCUACUUCCCAGCCGACGCCUCGCCUGUCCUAGCUACACCACAGCAUCUACAUGUGACGGGGGACAUGGCAGGUACCAAUGUGAUUUCCCCAGGGAUACCCACUCCGACCAGUGACAAUGAUGACGCGGUUAUGGGUACACCUGAGAAUAUUGGGGAUGCAGACGCGGACGCGGAAAUGGGCGACUACUUCCCGCCCAGCUUUACCCAGACUGACUCACCUGCACCCUCGACUGGCUUUUCAGGUGUAUACCAGCAAGCGCCGCCUGUCGUUGAUAAUCAUCACACUUCCACGUGCACUGCAGCCCCACGCCGACGAUCCCCUCUCGUCAUGGGCUACCGUGCAGAUUGCAAUAAGUGUCGAUGCAAGGUACCCGGGCACUAUAGCCACAUUCGCGCUUGA